AUUCUCCUUAACAAUAAUAAUAACAACAUAGUUUCUGCUUCAUUUUGGUUUUAUUAGUAUUCAGAUAAUAAUCUCUAUCUUUCACCAAAUGGGAUCAGGUUCCUCACCUUGUGCUUCUUGCAAAUUGUUGAGAAGACGUUGCACACAGGAAUGUAUCUUUGCCCCUUACUUUCCUUCUGAUGACCCACGCAAGUUUUCCAUUGUUCAUAAGGUUUUUGGUGCUAGCAAUAUCAGCAAAAUGCUGCAGGAGCUUCCAAUUCAUCAAAGAUCAGAAGCAGUGAACAGUUUAGUUUUUGAAGCAAAUGCAAGAGUGAGAGAUCCUGUUUAUGGAUGUGUUGGAGCCAUAUCAUACCUUCAAAGUCAAGUUUCACAAUUACAAAUGCAACUUGCAAUGGCUCAAUCAGAGAUUCUUUGCAUCCAGAUGCAACAAGAAUCUACUACGGUUACCAACUCAUUACCAACACAUGUUGAUGAUCAAGAUGACAAAUUGAUGAUACUAUCUGAAAGUAGUAAUUGCUAUGGAGUUCUUCCACAAUAUAUUAACUUUCCUUCUUCUUCUUCCUCAUCUUCCAAUGUAUUCCAAGAUUAUGAGCCUCUUAAGAGAGAGACUUUUUGGAAUUAAUUUGACAACUAAUUUCUUCAAUGAAAAUUUAAACUUUUUUAUUUCACUUAUGUUGCUCUAAUUAGAAUAAAUUACCUUUUUCUCUUCUUAAUACACUGAUUUUUUUAAUUAAUUUAAAAUUUAGUCAAGAGAUACGCAAAGUUUAGGUAGAGAUUGUUUCAAUUAAAGAUU